GAGGAGGAUCGGGUCGGGUCGGAUCGGAUCGGAUCGGGUCCGGGAGAGCAGCCGAGUGACGAAAGAGAAAAUAUUGAUGCAAAACAAAGCUGAGAUUAAUAGAAGCCGUUUGUAAACACAUGUUUGUGGCUGUGUGAGUGGGACAGUUGGACUUUUUAACCCCAAUGUGGACUAAUAGAGGAUGAGCGGUGCUGCAGAGGCGGGCAGCGCGGAUCAGAGCAGGCUUUUACCGCUGUGACCCCAGCAGGCAGCCGCUCUGCCUCUUCCUUCCCCCAGGGCUCGGCUUCCAGUCCGCACUCCUGUGGGCUCCUGGUGAAUUCUACGCCACCACCACCACCUUCUUUCACCCGUUUUGUAAUUAAAGAUGAAGGUAACGGUCACCUUCGGCCGCACCGGUGUGGUGGUGCCCUGUAAGGAAGGCUGGACCGUUCGAGACCUAAUUCAUCAAGCCACACAGAGAUACAGGAAACUGCUUGAACAGGAGGGAGACUUCAUGGUGCGGACCCACCACGUCGAGUACUGCGAUGGGGGAAUUCUGGAUCCCGAUGAUGUGCUUUCGGAUCUAGUGGAAGACAAGGACAAGCUGAUCGCAGUGUACGAGGAACAAGAGGCCCGGCAAAGGGGAGCGACGAGUCCCGCAAACAGCAGCAUCGGCGUCGUUAACAUCAAUACGAACGGCGGUGGCGCUCCAGGACAGCCGAGCCCUGAGCCCUACGACGCCGAACUGGCCUGUUUCCAGCCAAUCCGAGGAGGAGAGAUCGAAGUCAACUCCUCCGCCCUUAAAGCCAGCACACCUCUCAUGGUGAGGAGCAGCAGUGACUCAGCUCUGGGCCCGUCGGGAGAGAACGGACCUGCACCCAGCGAGGCUGAUAUGGACCAACGCUCAACAGACGUGUCCAACAGCAAAGCGUCUCCCUUCAUGCUCAGCCUCACGAAGACCGUGGAGAUUUCAGGAGAACACGGGCCUCUUGGGAUACACGUAGUGCCCUAUUGCUCCUCUCUCAGUGGAAGGGCUCUGGGUCUGCACAUUCGGAGUGUGGAUGAGAACAGCCGCUCCAAAAGAGAAGGCAUCUUCCAGGAUGAUGACUGCAUCAUCAAGAUCAACGACACCGAGCUGAUGGACAAGUCCUUUUCACAGUCACAGGAAGUGUUCCGGCAGGCCAUGCGCUCGCCUGCUGUACGUUUAGAGGUUCUCCCCAUGGCCAAUAAAGAGCGUUUUGAGAAGAACCUCAUUGGCCACCUUUUCAGCGCUGACAGCCAUGAUGGUACUCCCCGGCCCAAAGAGCCUCCUCCUCUGAAGGUGAAGCCCAUGGUGAGACCUGCGGAGUCCUCCUCCGGCAGACAAGCCGGACCUCAGGAGAGCAGCAGCACCAAUGUGGAGAGCCGUUCUCUUGGUUCCCCUCUUCCCAUCGGUCUUUACCCAAGGGGCAAGAGCAGCAGCCCGCUACUCAAAAAGAGCCACACCAUCUCACCUCUGGUUGGGUUCUCCUCCAAGAAGGGAGGCAAGAGACUCAAAAUUGAUCUGAAGAAAGGUCCAGAGGGUUUGGGCUUCACCGUGGUAACCAGAGACUCGUCAGUGUAUGGGCCCGGUCCCAUCCUCGUCAAAAACAUCCUCCCUCGAGGAGCCGCUGUUAAGGAUGGCCGAUUGCAGUCUGGAGACAGAAUCUUAGAGGUGAAUGGUGUGGAUAUCACGGGCCGGACCCAGGAGGAGCUGGUGGCCAUGUUGCGCAGCACGAAGCAGGGAGACGGUGUGUGUCUGGUGGUGGCGAGGCACGAGGAGUUAUUCCUGCCCCGAGAGCUGAAAGAAGAACCGGUGCGUGCCGCUCUGCCUGAGGAAGGGAAGGAGCAGCUGAUGUUCGAAGUGCCUCUGAACGACUCGGGUUCAGCUGGCCUGGGUGUCAGCCUUAAAGGCAACAAGUCUCGUGAGACUGGUGAAGACCUGGGCAUCUUCAUCAAGUCUAUCAUCCAUGGAGGAGCUGCUUAUAAGGACGGUCGCCUGCGUGUCAACGACCAGCUGCUUGGGGUGAACGGAGAGUCACUCUUGGGAAAGUCCAACCACGAGGCUAUGGAGACACUGCGCAGGUCCAUGUCCAUGGAGGGGAACCUCAGAGGGAUGAUCCAGCUUGUUGUUCUCCGAGCUGUUCUGCCCUCCAACCAGGAGUACCCGGACUCGCGGAGAAUCCUCAAUCGAUCCUUUGAUAGCUGUGUGGGCCAGGCUGCACUCUUCAGCCAAUCAGAGAGCCCUGUGCAGCCCCAUAUGGUGAUGAACAACGUCUUUGAGCGCUCUGUGGUUUCAAAUGGAGGUUACGGUGAAGAGGUAGCAUUCAGUCCUUAUAGGCAGAAUGGAGACCUGAAUGGAGGCUUGAACCAUCAGCCCCAACAGAGUUUGGAGUGGGACUCAGGCCCUUGCUCAGCUGAAAGUUCUCUGACUUCUCAGGCUCCUCAGGGUAUGAUGGAGCAUCAUCACAUCAAAUCUUCCAAAAGCAUGGACCUGGUUGCAGAUGAAAGCAAAGUGGGAAGCCUGGCGGGGCAAAAGUCAGGUUUCUCUGGUGUGGAGCUGGGUCCGACUCUGGGCCUGAAGAAGUCCAGUUCUCUGGAGAGUCUUCAGACGGCCGUGUCUGAGGCUCAGAAGAAUGACCUGCUGCUCUUCCACAGGCCUCGUGGUCACAUGGUGAGGGGCCGUGGCUGCAACGAGAGCUUCCGUGCCGCCAUUGACAAAUCAUACGAUGGCCCGGCUGAGGAGGACGAUGAUGAGGGCUCAGAGGUGAGCUCAGGACGGGACACCCCAGCGAGCAGCUCGUCACGCCAGGGGCUGGGAGACAACGACGAGAACAAGAAGGAUAAGAAGAAGAAAGCCAAGGGAAAGAAGAAAGACAAGUUGAAGAGCAAAGGGAAGGACAAAGACAAAAAGAAAGCAGAGGAUGCCACAGAGGAUCCAGAAAAGAAGACCAAGAAGAAGGGAUUUGGACUGCUGAGGUUUGGAAAGAAGAAGGAAGAGAAGAGUAAAGGUGAGAACAAGGCAAGCACACCUAAGCAUGCGUCAGAAAUGCUAAGUGAGGAGGAGUUGGAGAGGAUGAAAGAAGAGAGGGAGAGGAUUGAAGCAAAGCACCAGGAACUGAGAGAUCGACAGGCUCGAGACCGCUUUGUUCCUCCGGAUGUAGAGGAUGACGACGUGGACCCCAACUACGCCCAGAUCAACACAUUCAGAGGACGCUUAUCUCCUUCUCAGUCUCCAUACGGGACCCGCAGCUCAUCGCCUCAGAGAGCCACACACCUCACCAACCACAGCCGAGAGCCGUCAAGUGAAGAUCCGCUCGAUGGCCUCUACGCAAAGAUCAACAAACCGAGAGGCCCAACCGCACACGGAGCUGACAGUAUGGACCGUAUCCAGCAGCUGCGCAGAGAGUAUCAGCAGGCUCGGAGAGAGGGAGCUGCUCCAGCCUACGAAGAGUUUGAGGCUCGACGCCAAGGCUCCGAGUACGACCCACAUCGGAUUCCUGUCAGGAGUCCUGACCCCAGACUGGCUCCCCGCUAUGAGGAUGUGGAGCGCCAGUAUGCUUCCCUGCCCAGGUAUGCCCACUCAUCUGCCCAUCCAAUAAGAGAGGACAGUGAUGGAAAGAUCAGCAAUGAGAGAAGUGCCGGGGAGCGUGAGAGAAAGAGAAGGGGUCCUAUGGAUCCUACUGAGUACCUAGGACAGGCUUGGCCUGGGCACAGAGACCCUGCUCACUAUACCACCCCACAGCCAGGCUACCACCCCAACUACCCCCAUCGCCCCCUGGACCCUCGGCACAACGACCCAGGCUUUUACCACCCCCACCCUCCGCAGAGAGGCCCCUUGCGCCAGGAUGUGCCCCCGUCACCCCCUGUGCCCCUCCGAGGAGCUCGGUACGACACCAUGAACCGCGGAGGCUUCCGACACACUAGUCCAGAGCGCUUUGCCUACGCAGAUGGACGCCAUCCUGAUCCGAGACAGAAGAACGCCAUGACUGCAGCUGUUUAAGCACAGCCUGGUAUCCGACAUGUAAAGAACCACACAGCAGCACAGUGUUCAUCAUCUUUCCAUGUUGUUUAUGUGCUUGACCGAUAGUUCACUCUGCCUUAUCCUGAGUGACUUGCUGCCCAAGGCCACAUCUUUAAAAAAAAAAAGCUGAUAAUACAUUCCUGUCUUCCUGCCAAGUGAGCGUUAAUGGAGCUAGACUCAAGAGCUCUUCUUUUUCUUCAAAUCUGUGAGUCGAACCACAAAGGGAGGGUGGACGCGUACGAGCAUACACGCGUCAACUUCCAAGUGGAGCGAGAUUCCCAUGGUACUAUGCUUAAAUGAGUCGAGGUUUGCAUGCUUCUCCACAUAACAGAAAUGUAAUCCCAUUCCUCUUUGGUAUUCAUCAACUCAAUCUUAAGUGUGUACUCUGGACUUCUUUCCAAUCCAGUGCACAGAGUGCUGUACGUUAGUGCUGUUAGAUUUGAGCUAACCCCUUCAACUCCCAUUCUUUCUUAAUCUUAAUGCAUAUUAUUCAGUAAAUAAAAUGAAACCAUUAUAGAAGGCAGAUGGAUAGGUGAGUCAGGAUGCACAGAUGGGUUCUGGGAUUUUAAGGGGUUAAAGUGGCAUUCCACCAUUGGAUGUAUUUUUUGGCAUAAAAUAAAAUAUAUUUUAUG